AAGAAAUCGUCCUGAGACGCCUAGUGUGUAAAGAUUUGAGCCUUUGAGGUUCCGUUAUUAUUAUUUUAUCGAGAGAGAAAGCUUCUAAGCUCCACUCUCGUCUCUUCUCGUUCUCCGGUCGCCGCUGCAAGAAUGGCACCCAUAGCUGUCGGUGACGUCAUCCCCGAUGGAACCCUGGCCUACUUCGACGAGUCUGAUCAGCUACAGAACGUCUCCAUACACUCCCUCGCCGCUGGUAAGAAAGUCAUCCUCUUCGGAGUCCCCGGCGCCUUCACCCCGACUUGCAGCAUGAAGCAUGUGCCGGGCUUCAUUGAGAAGGCAGAAGAGUUCAAGGCAAAGGGCGUCAGUGAAAUUCUGCUAAUUAGUGUUAACGACCCCUUUGUGAUGAAGGCAUGGGGAAAGACGUACCCAGAGAACAAGCAUGUGAAGUUCCUUGCUGAUGGCUCUGCAACCUACACUAAAGCCAUGGGGCUUGAGCUUGACCUUUCGGAGAAAGGACUUGGGACCCGGUCUCGCAGGUUUGCCCUCUUGGUUGACAACCUCAAGGUGACAGUAGCUAACGUUGAAGCGGGAGGAGAGUUCACAGUCUCCAGUGCAGAAGAAAUUCUCAAGGCUUUGUGACUACAUUCCCGCCCUUCCCUUUAAGUACCCACUACCUUCCUCCCUCGGUCACCAUUUGGACUUUUUCUUCGAAGAAAAUACUUGAACCAUGCUUGUUUUGUCAUUUUCAGUUGAAUGUGAACAGAAUCGUAUUGGCUAGAGCAAUAGUAGUUGGUUAAGCUUAUGUUUGCUUUCA